GUGAAGAAUGCAGCGCCUGGAUGCUGUGCCACAUCAUAACCCAGCAAAUGGAGUAACUGUGCAGAAGAUAAUGAAGAGAUGGAGUUCUACUGGUCCAAAGGAUAGUAACUUGCGUUCCCUCCGGAUGGUUGGAUCAAUCCCUCUUCAAGACGUCAUGACUCCAAGACACCGAGUUGGCCUCGUCCGGUCUUCUCGACUCCUAUCAGUUUGUCUCUCAAUAACCUGCCUUUGACAUGGCCAGCUAUGACCUGCGAACCUGUUUCACUCUACCGCCAAACUCUAGCAAAGCGCCAACGUCAAUAUGACUACGCAAUAGCGACAGACGAAUACACCCCAUUUCUCUAUCCAUGGGAUUCGCUCCCAGCCUUAUAUCUUCUCCUUGCUAUUGCAAUCACCCCCAAAAUCCCUCCAAGGCCGGCCAGAGCUGCCCGAUAUAUCGCAUUCGUUUCGGUUCUCUGCCAUGGAGUCUAUGUGGUACGCCAUCGCCGGACACUCUGGCUCGCGGCUGGCUAUGGUAUCGGGUUAAUGAUCGCUUGGGGCGUCAUCAUGUCUGGAGCUCUUCUCCUGUGCAACGACGUGCGACGAGAUUUCCGAAGACUUGAAAAGAGAGCAGUCAAAACAGAGAGUGCAGAUUCCGACCCGGCCAAGCUCACAGCGACGUCUUCGCAGCCCGACCCAACCCAAGAUGUUGGUAUGACGAAGCGGAGGAUGCCCAGCUCGUAUCCCUUUUCCGGUACGAAGCAAUCCUUCCCUCGCUCCAAGAAGCCUCAACCUCCCUCGCAGCCAUACAAGCUGGUAUGGGAGGGAUAUCCUUACAAUUCGGGCUGGUACCAUGUCCUUGACUGGACACUCGACCUGAUGACGAGUUUUCGAGCCGUGGGUUGGGAACAUCGAAUCUCAACAGUAGGGCGGAUUGACCCAUCGGCACAGCGCGACACACCCGAAAAGGUUUCCGCCACUGGAGGUAGCAGUGAUGAAAGCCAGGCAUCAUCGACUAUUUCGCAAUAUUCGCGGUCUCCUCAAUUGAGAGCAUUACGAGGGUUUAUCACCAACUAUCUCCUCCUCGAUUUCCUGAAGACGGUCAUGGUCACAGAUCCGUACUUUCUGGGCAUAGCACCAUUGGAAUCACGCACACCCUGGCGUUGGCUUGCCCGCCUCGAUGAUGCUGUUCCGAUUGCAACACGCUUUUUUCGGCUUGGGAUUACGAUGUUUGGAGUCGUAUCUGCAUUGUCGUUAAUCUUCAGCCUUAGUCCAUUGUUCUUCGCCACCAUCCUUCCUGCGCUUGUCGAUGUCACAAAGAUUACGAAGGCGCCUCUUUUGGAACUGUGGAUGUAUCCGGUCUAUUGGCAGCCAUUAUCGACCUCGGUCAUGUCCUCCGGCCUGGCAGGGUUAUGGGGAAAAUGCUGGCACCAGAUGUUUCGGUUUGGCAUCUCAGAACCGUCCAGAGUCUUGAUUGAGAGAUUGAACCUCGAUGCUCGUGUCGACGUUGCGCGAGUCGUCCGGCUUCUGGUCGCUUUCACUCUGUCGGGAUCAAUCCACGCGAGUGCUAGCUACACAACAUUCUCGCUAAACGGCUCUCAUCCGUUCUCCGGCCCCUUGUUGUUCUUCUUCCUACAAGGUAUCGGUAUUCUCCUACAGUCUUUCAUAGUCAAGCUCUUACACAGAAACGCUCCGUGGGUCAAAGAUCUCCCGUCGGCUGUAGGUCAGACCGUGAACGUGCUCUUUGUGGUCUCGUAUCUUUACUUCACAGGGCCGUUAUUGGCGAACGACUUUGCAAACUCUGGAGUUUGGCUGUUUGAGCCAGUUCCAAUCAGUCUCUUCCGUGGAAUAGGGUUGGGACCAGGCGGAAAGGAUGAAGGGUGGUGGGUGUGGAAUCAGGAAGGCUCGCGAUCGAUGGGAUGGUGGAUGGGUGACAGAUGGUGGGAGAGAGCGUUGGCGAUAUAUUAG